GAUAAAGUAUGAUAUGUAGCUAGUUCUUCCAAAAUGAAGAGAGAACACCCGCAAGAGAGCGACCAGUUUCAUAACUUGGAGCGAGCAAAAAAUCGGUCCCGAGCGUUCGAACAAGCGCUCCCCCGAAAUGUUGGACCCCAGAAAGGAACGAUUUCGAUUUUGACAGCCAAUCCGACGGCCUCAGACCACAAAAAUAUUCCUUCGAAAGCGUCCCACCAUCAUCUGAUAUCUUGCGUGAUGUAUUCCCAUAAAUUUGUGUGAAUCAUCAUCAUCAUCAUCAGCCUCGACGUCAGCAUCUGUACACAGGUGUACAGUUUGUUUUGCAGUUCAUUGCGAAAAGUGCACGUGAGUGAGCUGCAGCUGUGUGCGAUCUGAUUGAAAAUGAAAAGUUGAUCGACGUUCGGUUCAGUUUUUAGUUGACUUAUUCGAGCAAUUCCAGCAAAGGAUCCUGCGAAAGUCAUGCAAAAAAAAAACUAUCUAAAAAGAACCGACAGAGUGUGCAUGUGCGAGGAAGUGUAGUGUAGUGGUGGCAUACAAGAGGUGUAUGCAAAUUAUCGUAAAGUGUGUCAUACAUACCGCAGUCACUGUUUUUCUUUUACACCCAACCCUGUUGCGAAGUGAAUGAAUGGGUGACGACGCUGGUAAACGUGCUGCCGUCCUUGUGCUCCGUAUGACAGGUUCGCUCGCAGCACGCCAGAAGCAUCCUUUUCCACAAAUCAGCGCAAACCUAAAAAUAGGAGAAAGUGCUUAAUAACACAACCACAAGAAGAGAUAAAAAAAUAUCCAUUUGCAUCGUCCUCGGGUGUAGGUUUUUGGUGCAUUUGGUGUGUGGUGCGGUGUACCGGCGGGAACGCAAACACAUGCGCGAGUGUCCUUUUUUCCUCUGUGCAGCAAGGUGGUUGGGUGUGCGUGUAUGUGCGUGCGAGCAGUGUUGUCAGCUUGUGACCCAGUGGUAACUGCCAGCAUUCCGCCCACCCAAAGUGGAGAAACCAGACCAACGCUAGCAAUAAGCAAAAAAAUAGAAAUAAAGGGAAAACUCCGCGCUACGCGAUUUAUUAUUCAGCAGUAUUAGUUAGCUAGCUACCCGGUAAAAGGAGGUGGUGCGUAGAUGUGUGUAGGCCGAUUUGGAGGUUAGUGGACGGGAAACAGGAAUCGCCAAAGCAGCGCCUGGAAACCACUGAACACGCGGGGGAAAAGCGCUUUUCGCACCACCACCACCACCACCACCACCAUCAUCACCCGUCUGGUUGGUUUGGAAUUCAGCGAUUCAGUCGAAGGAAGGACUGUGUAUUUCGGAACGCUUCACGUGCGCAAAGAAGUCGAAGUAGGAACAUCAGAUUCCUUUUGCCUAGCUGAGGAUUUCUGCUGUAAGUCUGCGUUACGUCUCCUCCCAGUAAAGCAUCCUGGAAGGAUAGCCGCACACGGUGCGGGUGGUGUAGUGGCGAUCGCCUCGCCCGGUCAGCACGAUGGACAGCGGUAUGAUGACCGGCAAAACAAACAGUGACAGUGCUAUGCUCGGAAGCAUAGGUCAUACCCACGGUCACCCACACAAUCCGCUGCGACAGCAUUGUCAUCCAUCACCGGCAUCACUACAGCAGCAGCAGCAGCAGCAGCAGUCCAACUCCCAGCAGCAUCUGCACCAUCACCAUCAUCACCAGCAGCAGCACCAUCCCACGGACAGCCUGACGGAGGUGUCGGUCGUGGACAUUAACGCAUCGUUGGCCGCAUCGGCCCCGCUCAUAUCACCACACGUUGCGGCGUCCGUGCAUCCGAUCAUCGUACCGGCGGCGUCGACGGCGACAACAGCCCCAGGCACUGGUGCCAGCGCACCCGGGCACGUGCCCAGCUUCUGCAACAUUCUGAACGCCUCCAACAGCAGUGACCUGCAGGCGGUGGCGUACAAUUCGCUCACGCAAAACGUGCGCUGCAAAUCCCCACCGACGCUGGUUGAUAAUCUAAAGAACGGGACAAUCGGGAACUCCCAAAGCGCUCUCUGCAACGGAGCCAUCAUGACAAACGGACAGACGAAGGACUCGAAUCUGGCGCACGGGCUGGUGCGCAAGGUGCUGAACAACAGCGAUGGAAAUGGACAGAAAAAGCCAAUGGUAUCACUCACGCAUCUACCAAAGAGACCUCCGAUCGACAUCCAGUUCAUGGACAUGUCGUACUCGGUGUCCGAGGGGCACAAGCGAGGCUACAAAACCAUACUGAAAGGCAUCAACGGGAAGUUCCGUUCCGGGGAGCUGACCGCCAUCAUGGGACCGUCCGGUGCUGGCAAAAGCACACUCAUGAACAUUCUCGCCGGCUACAAAACAUCGCAUCUCAGCGGUUCGGUGCUGAUCAACGGCAAGGAGCGCAACCUGCGCAAGUUCCGCAAGCUGUCCUGCUACAUCAUGCAGGACGACCGGCUGCUGCCCUACCUGACCGUGCGCGAGGCGAUGAUGGUGUCGGCCAACCUGAAGCUCGGCAAGGAUAUUUCCGUCUCGGCGAAGCGUGCCGUCGUGGAGGAGAUCAUCGAAACGCUCGGGCUGCUCGAUGCGGCCAGCACGCUCACGCUCAACCUGUCCGGCGGCCAGCGCAAGCGGCUGUCGAUUGCGCUCGAGCUCGUCAACAACCCGCCGGUCAUGUUCUUCGACGAGCCGACGAGCGGGCUGGACAGUUCCACCUGCUCGCAGCUGAUCGCGCUGCUGAAGUCGCUGGCGCGCGGCGGCCGCACGAUCGUCUGCACCAUCCACCAGCCCUCCGCCCGGAUAUUCGAGCUGUUCGACAAUCUGUACGUGCUGGCCGAGGGACAGUGCAUCUAUCAGGGGCGCGUGAACGGUCUGGUACCGUUUCUGGCCUCGCUCGGGCUCGAGUGUCCGAGCUAUCACAAUCCGGCUAACUAUGUGAUGGAGGUGGCGUGCGGGGAGCAUGGCGACUGGAACAGCAAGCUGGUGACCGCGGUGAACAACGGCAAAUGCAACAACUACAAUCAACCGCUCGCGCACAGCAAGAGCACCUCCAACAAGAACGUAUCGCUGGACGGCACGGCACCCGGUGCGACCGAGCGGGAGGACGAGCUGGCGCUGCUGAAAACGGUCGUCAGCACUGGCGACUACACGGCCAUCAGUAUGCCCCCCGCCGGCAACGCCGCAGCACCCGAGGCGCAGCUGAACAACGAAAGCAAACAACCGGCGGGCGGCACGGAACGGAAACCAAUGCUUGGCAAUGGGGCAGAAGCGGCUUCUGCCGCUUCCCAGUCCACGACCACCACCACCACCACCACCGCUACGACCGCUGUCGGUGGUACGGGUGCAUCGGUCAACCCGUCGUCCGAUGCAACCGGCCCACUGCUGCCGGCCGUGGUGGUACCGCCAGCCGGGCCGGCCCAAACGCAGCCCGGUUGCAAGGCGACCUGCACCACCUCACUGCUCGACUCGACCGAAAGCGUCAGCAUAACGGUGCCGAAGAAGCAGGCCGGCUUUCCCACCUCGGGCUGGAUGCAGUUCUGGAUACUGCUCAAGCGCACCAUGAUCACGAUCAUGCGCGAUCAGACGCUGACGCAGAUGCGGCUGCUGUCGCACGUGAUCGUCGGCGCGAUCAUCGGCAUGAUCUAUUACGACAUCGGGAACGACGCGUCGAAAAUUAUGAGCAAUGCCGGGUGCAUCUUCUUCACCACGAUGUUCACCAUGUUCACCGCCAUGAUGCCGACGAUACUUACCUUUCCCACGGAAAUGGCCGUGUUUGUGCGGGAGCAUCUCAACUACUGGUACUCGCUCAAGUCGUUCUACUUCGCCAAAACGAUCGCAGAUCUUCCAUUUCAGGUACUGUUCACCAGCGUGUACGUGAUCGUCGUGUACUAUCUCACCUCCCAGCCGAUGGACCCGAAGCGGGUGGGCAUGUUCGUGCUGAUCUGCAUUCUCACCUCGCUCGUCGCCCAAAGCCUCGGGCUGCUGAUCGGUGCCGGCAUGAGCGUGGAAACGGGCGUCUUUCUCGGCCCGGUCUCCACCAUCCCGAUCAUCCUGUUCUCCGGGUUCUUCGUCAACUUCGACGUCAUCCCGAGCUACCUGCAGUGGGUCACGUACGUCAGCUACGUGCGGUACGGGUUCGAGGGCGCGAUGGUGUCGGUGUACGGGAUGGAGCGGGAGAAGCUUGCCUGCACCGAAAUCUACUGCCACUUCCGCAGCCCGAAGAAGUUCCUCGAGGAGAUGUCGAUGGAUAACGCGGAGUACUGGAUCGAUGCCACCGCCCUAUUCGGCUUCUUUAUCGCGCUGCGCGUCAUCGCGUACUUUGUGCUGCGCUGGAAACUGCAUUCCAUCCGUUAAACGCAAAUCGGAAAUCGCUUCCCCCCCUCCCCCUCCAACUCGAUACAAAAGCCCCUGGACAGAGAGCAAACCGUAAAACAAAUCACAUCAUCCAACACUAAGGGGCAAAGUGCUCGACGGAAGGAUACCAUUGGGAGUACCCAUGGCCCCACACCCUUCACACUGCUCGCCAGCUCGCUCAUCACCGCUAAAACCACCACGUGUUGCUUGCUUGCCUGCCCAUGUUGCUGUUCUUGCCCCGCCGAUCUACCGACUUGAAACGGAAGUAGCCAAAGUAGCGCCCCGAGCGACAUCAACCUCACACAACACACAAACAAAACACACACACCACAGCCUUUCACAGUGAAGGAAGCAGGAAGCGAAGGUGGGUCUUACGCCUUCGGUUUUGUACUUGUAUUUACCGACAGACUAGCAACAGUGCAUCUGGGUCACCUCCGCUCUGCACCACUCUGUCCAUUAUUAGCCUGUGCAGGGCCAGGAUGCUGUGGGAGUGUUUCUUUUCCAGCUCCGUUACACAAUCCUUCUCCCUUUUAGCAAGGCAAAGUCUUUUCCUACUCUAGAUGUAUAUUUUAACUGACAGAAGAGCUCGUGCUCUAUGUAACGUAUCGUAUUGUCGACCUCCAGCAGACGACAGUACCCCUUUUUCCCGGUAGUGCAAUAUAGCAAGCAAUAGAGGAAAAGAGGGAUGAUUAGGGCGGCUAAAUAGAGAAUGUUCAACCCUGUUGUACAACAGACCAUACAAAACAGACCAAUCACAUAACACACCCAAACAUUCACACACACACACACACACACACACAUGCUCACUCUUUCUCUCUUUCAACCCCCAUAAAGGCUACAGACAUUUAGAAGCAGUCGCGCAGUCCCAUUAAUCGAUGUCCUUUAAAAAGAAAGUAUUACAGUAGUAUUUAUACCUCCCCCGGUUCAGAACUAUGACGUGAAGUGGAAAGCAAAAGUCAAACCGUACGCAAAACGCUUAAUAAUAGCAUGCAAGCAUUACUAGAAA